AUGGUCAGAUCAACGCAGAUUGCAAGGUUGGAUGGCCUUAUGUUGGCUGCCUCGGUCGACGAUGAGCAGGCCGAGUCGGAGCUCUCUGAGAUUAAGGGCCAGGCUAAAAUGAUCUUCCGCCGCUUGAAUCGCAAUUCAGCGCCACAAGCCAGCAUUGAAUCCGGCCAAUACAAUCUCCACUACACUAUUCAAGACGAUCUUUGCUUCCUCUGCAUUUGCGACAAAUCAUACCCCCGCAAACUCGCCUUCACCUAUCUUGCUGAUCUGGCCACUGAAUUCACAACUACUUACAGCUCGUCACAAUACCUCUCCCCUACCCUCCGCCCAUACGCCUUUGUCGAAUUUGACACCUUCAUCCAGCGCACAAAGAAGCUCUACCAAGACGGUCGCGCAUCUCAGAACCUGGACAAGUUGAAUGAUGAGCUCCGUGAUGUCACCAAAGUCAUGACAAAGAACAUUGAGGACCUCUUUAAGAAGUAUCGAAAGGCGGCUGUGCGCAUCAACUGGGAAUUGUUGCUGAAGCAGUACGGGCCUUUUGCUGGUGUCGGGCUUGUCAUUUUCAUUCUUCUCUUCUGGCGAUUCUUCUGA